AUGGCUAACGCAGCUACCCAACGAGACUUAGCGUUUAGAAUAUCCUUACACCCACAAUUUCCUAUUGAUAUUCGUGCCGAUGAAAUAUGCGGUUCCUUUGAUACACCUCAAAAGCCACUCUUGUCUGGUAACCAUACCGUUGUAGAAAUUGGAAUUAUGGAGCGCCGAGGAAUAUUUACUUGGGUACGAGGAAUCAUCAAUGAGCUCCAAUCCUUCAAUCUGAAUAGUAUCAAUUUGGUCCCUGCGCUUUGGGGACAACUAUUCAAGAUCGUCCAGAAUCAUGCCUUCUUCAAGCGUUGGAUCUUCUCCCGCCCUAGACCUGGCCCAAUGGGUUUCUUGACCUUCGUUCAUGAUCCUAGCGAAGAGCUAAAGUAUACUACAGAAAAUGUUCUCGGUAGAGCUCAGAUCAUUUGGCAAGAAAUUGAAGCCGACUUGAAGGAUGAAGGGCCUAACCAAUUUAUCAGCGAGAUUUUCCAUCAGGUGUACCAUAUCUGGCAAUAUAAAUGCUACAUGAAUAACAUGCUGAGAGAUUUGAGAGGUCGCCCACGCACGACGGAUCGUGAUGGAUUUAUAGAGCUUAUGCGCUAUAGAUUACCACCUCCUGGUAAUCGCCCAGUUCAGGUUCUCGCAGUUCCAGCUGCAGCUCUUCAGCCUGCUCAUCAACUCGCUCACCCUCUACAAAAUCCCGUUGGUACAGAUACUGGUAUUGUUGGUCAUGCAUCUAUCAUCGGAAAUCCUGAUAAUAACCCUACUCGUGAAGCUACAAACACUCGAACAGAUGCUAGACUAUCAACUGGUAUGUCUGUAGCUGCUGGUAGUUUAGAGAUUAGUGACAAUCGAUCAAGUGGGUCUGACAACACAAAUCCUGCUUUCAAUCAGCCCUAUGCGCCUACACCUACUUCUGAUCAUAAUGGAGGCAGAAUGAUCAGCACUCUCAUGCUUUCAGAUACGGCAUUGGCCCACGGCCUACGUGGAGCAAAUCGCAUCGUCUCUUCUGCCAUGCCUAACGCUGUUCAGACAGGUGGCUCUAACGUUCCUGCUGCUUCAGGUCCUCAGAAUAAUGGUAACCAACAAAAUGGCAAUGCUCAAGGUAACAGACAGCCGCAUCCAGGACCAGGUGCUACCAUUGGACAAUCUAGACCACCACAAUCAAAUCUCCGUCGUCGCCGGAGCUCAACACGCGCACAACGCCCACCACACGUCCCAGUGCUCAACUCUGCAAGUUCGGGAAGCUCUGCCGCUAGCCCAGCAGUAACUCAAAAGCGACCUGCCACCACUAAUAGCAGCACUAGUUCUGCUGCAGUUCCUUCAAGACCCUCUGGCAAGAAGGUCAAGAUGGAGAAACCUGAUGCUGAUUGUUAA